AUGGAUGAAGACUCAGCAUUGGAGAGUUAUUUUGAUGACCCAGUUGGAAAUGUACCAGUAAGUAGCCAGUGGUCCUGAUUGCCAGGGUAAAGGGGAUUAUGAAAGAAGUCAGAGUAUUUUUCAGCAAAAUUAACCAAAUUGACCUCAACAUUUGAUUUGAAAUUACUUCAACCAACAGGUGUUUUAUCCUCAUUUUCCACUUGGUCUCAUCGACACAUGCUAUUCCCCAGCAAGUGACACAAGAUAAACUGACAGUAAAUGAUGCAUCUAAUUCCACUCUCUUCAUAGUUUUUUCUUCUCUGGUGUGAUUUCUAGGAUGCCUCUGGCUUCCUGUUUGAAGGGGACCUGGGCUUGCAGGGCCCCCCUCAGCUCCACGACCCAUCCUUUCUCUCCUCCUUGAGCCAACCGGAGAAGGACAUCGGGGAGGAUCUGGAUCUCAGCUUCCUACCUGAUGACCUGCCAGAGGACACCCGUGGAAAUGCUGCUUCUAAUGCUAACAUGACACAAGACCACGUGUUCGAUGGCUACAGGCCUGAGGAGUCUGCUGAGACUGACCCUAACAAGCCGGCCGUGAUGGGAGCCUCUACCUUCUGUCCCAUGACGCCUAUGACCCCCAUGACUCCAGUGGCUGAGAGUUCUGGAAUAAUCCCCAUGUUACAGUGCGUGAUGGACGUUACGAUAACCAGGAUUGCAUUCAUUAGUGCAACGUAAACCGUUUACACCAAAUGCUCUAAAUGGUUUCUGUUGUGAAACGUUUUGCUAUGGUUUGCACUAAUUAAUACGACCCUGGGAAAUGAAUUAGUGCACUAUACAGGUAUUGGCCAGGAUAGGCUCAGAUUAAAAGUUGUGCACUAUAAAGGGAAUAGGGUACCAUUUCAGAUUGCCCCCUACUUGUCUAGCCUCUAACAUCUUAUAUUGAUAAGCUAAUAUUGAUCAGCGCUUGCAUGUGAGCCUGUUUGUUGUUUAUGUGCAGGAAUAUUGUAUCCACAGUGAAUCUGGCCUGCCCACUGGACCUGAAAUCCAUUGCUCUUCAAGCCAGAAACGCUGAGUACAACCCCAAGGUAAUCAAAGUAUACCCAGUCCAGACAAUGUUUAAGUCAAUAUGGUGGUGUCGUGCCAUGAUGUGGGCAUUGUACUCUGUUUCAGCGUUUUGCUGCUGUCAUUAUGAGAAUACGGGAACCUAGGACCACAGCACUCAUCUUCAGCUCCGGAAAGAUGGUCUGCACAGGAGCCAAGAGGUGAGGAGGGAGAACAGUUCACCAUGAUCCAUGGUCUUGUUCAGUAGGAAGAACAUGUUAAGAAAGAGGGAGGUAUAAUCUGAAUUUGUCCAAUAAGAGCACAUAUUCAUUUUCUGUUGCAAGAUGUUUUGUUACGGUGUGCCCUAUUGAACACUGACACUAUGUCAUUACCAAGGACCACUCCUAGAGGAUUCUCUAAAUAAAUAAUUUGGUGUACUGUACCUGUCAUUGCUCAAGGAUAGGAAAAAGUGGAGGGAGCUCAUUGAGCCCUUGUCCCAAAGUGGAUGAAGAAGAUGAUCCCCUCAUUCCUCAAGCCACUCCUCUUGUUUUUGCUGUCUAUUCUGACAGCGAGGAGCAGUCUCGACUGGCUGCCCGCAAGUAUGCUCGUGUGGUGCAGAAGUUGGGCUUUCCCGCCAAAUUCCUGGACUUCAAGAUCCAGAACAUGGUGGGGAGCUGUGAUGUCUGCUUCCCCAUUCGGCUGGAGGGUCUGGUGCUGACUCAUCAGCAGUUCAGCAGGUAUACUUACUGUGACAUAUUGAGUGUCUGCUCUGUAAAGUACUGACACCCUUUAGUCAGAGAAAGUCUGUCCAUUAUGUUGAUUGAAUGAUAAAGUUUUAAUGUUUUCAUUUAUGAAUUCCUUUUUACAGGGGGAAAAUAAUGUAAAAUGUUUAGUGUACAGUUAAGAACAAUACAUGACCCCAUACAUGAGCAACAUUUUAUUUUAUUUGACACUAUGUAUGUUAGUGCUGCAGUACUCGUGUUUUUUUUUCACUAUGUAAAUAAAAUCCCUUGCACAGAAGUGCUUUUGCGGCUCCGCUAUCAUUUUCUUUUGUAGAGUUUAAGUCCAAAUAGGUUUAAGUUAAAGGUUUUCAGUAUAGCCUUACGGCUUACUCUACCCAACACAGUAGACCUAUUGAUAUUCAGAGGGUUCCCUGUAUUCAAUGUGUUUUUUUACAGCAUUGUCAAAAUAUACUCCAGACCUGAGCAACCUAUUCUCCUGUAACCAGAGCCAUAUAUUUAGAUAUUUCUAAAUGGCUCCCUGUAACUAACUGUGUGAUGGUAUUUGGCCCUCUAGUUAUGAGCCAGAGCUGUUUCCUGGUUUGAUCUACCGCAUGGUGAAACCACGUAUUGUCUUACUGAUCUUUGUGUCUGGAAAAGUGGUUCUGACAGGUACGUAUGUUGACCACUGGUGUUUUCUGUCUGACUCCCACACACCACCACGCUAUGAUGACAUGCUUCAAAUGCUUGUUUUUCACAUUUUAAAGUUUCCGAUAACAAAACGCAGCCAGAUCUUCUGUACAUUUUCUUUCAGGGGCUAAAGAACGUGGAGAGAUCUAUGAAGCCUUUGAGAACAUCUACCCCAUUCUGAAGGGAUUCAGAAAGCAAUAA